AUGGACACUUUAGAGCCAACAGCCGUUGAUACGCAUGUUUCUGCGGAGCAGAUUCUGCGGGAUGUGUACAAGAAGGGGCAAAAAGCAAGAGGAUCGACUAAUAUUGAUAUAUUAGACUUGGAGGAACUUCGAGAGUAUCAACGAAGGAAGAGAACAGAAUAUGAGGGUUAUUUGAAGAGAAACCGACUGGAUAUGGGACAAUGGAUUCGUUAUGCGCAAUUCGAAAUCGAACAACACGACAUGAGGCGCGCCAGAUCUAUCUUUGAAAGAGCAUUAUUAGUAGAUAGUUCAUUCAUCCCCCUUUGGAUACGAUACAUUGAUGCUGAGCUGAAAGUCAAAUGUAUUAACCAUGCUAGGAAUCUUAUGAACAGAGCUAUUAGUACGUUGCCCAGAGUAGACAAGUUAUGGUACAAGUAUCUCAUUGUCGAAGAGUCGUUAAACAACGUUGAAAUUGUACGAUCACUGUACACCAAAUGGUGCUCCUUGGAGCCAGGGGUUAAUGCAUGGAAUUCUUUCGUGGAUUUUGAAAUAAGACAGAAAAACUGGAACGGUGUAAGAGAGAUUUACUCAAAAUACGUCAUGGCUCACCCGCAAAUGCAGACAUGGCUAAAGUGGGUGAGGUUUGAAAAUAGACAUGGUAAUACUGAAUUUACGAGAAGUGUGUAUUCUUUAGCGAUAGACACAGUAGCUAACCUCCAAAAUUUACAGAUUUGGUCUGAUAUGGAGGUUGCAAAAUUAGUAAAUUCAUUUGCUCAUUGGGAAGCUGCGCAGCAAGAAUACGAAAGAUCUAGUGCUCUUUAUCAAAUUGCUAUAGAAAAAUGGCCCUCCAAUCAAUUGCUCAAGGCAGGACUGUUGGAUUUUGAAAAGCAGUUUGGUGACAUAAACUCAAUAGAAGAAACUAUUAGCUAUAAAAGGAAAAUGGAGUAUGAAACAAUAUUGAGUAAUAACGCCUAUGAUUAUGACACCUGGUGGCUGUACUUGGAUCUCAUUUCAGAAAGUUUCCCCAAACAAAUAAUGCAAACUUUCGAGAAAGCUAUUGUGGACAGCCGACCAAAAGAACUAUCAAAAAAUGUUCAGUGGAAAAGGUAUAUUUAUCUGUGGAUGAGAUAUAUAUGCUAUGUUGAGUUAGAAUUGGAAAAUUCGCUUUUAGAAGAAGAACUUUUUCAGAGGUUAAUUGACGACAUCAUCCCUCAUAAACAUUUCACUUUUUCCAAAAUAUGGCUAAUGUAUGCUAAAUUUCUGAUACGACAUGAUGAUGUACCGAAGGCGAGAAAAAUUUUGGGUAAAGCAAUCGGUUUAUGUCCUAAGGCUAAAACUUUCAAAGGAUAUAUCGAGUUGGAAGUGAAGUUGAAGGAAUUUGAUCGUGUGAGAAAAAUAUAUGAGAAAUUUAUUGAAUUUCAGCCCUCUGAUCUACAAAUUUGGUCACAAUAUGGAGAACUAGAAGAAAAUUUAGGAGAUUGGGAUAGAGUAAGAGGUAUAUAUACAAUUGCACUAGAUGAAAAUUCUGAUUUCUUAACAAAGGAGGCUAAAAUUGUAUUACUUCAAAAAUACAUAACAUUUGAGACAGAAUCACAAGAAUUUGAAAAGGCAAGGAAGCUUUAUAGAAGAUAUUUGGAGCUCAACCAAUAUUCCCCCCAAAGCUGGAUCGAAUUCGCCAUGUAUCAAACUUCAACCCCGACGGAGCAACAACUAUUAGAUUUAGCAAAACUGCAAAGCGAAAAUGUGGAUGAAGACAUAGAGUUUGAAAUUACCGAUGAGAAUAAAUUGGAGGCAAGAAAAGUUUUUGAAGAGGCGAUAGUUUUUUUCAAGGAGAAGGAUGAUAAACAAGGGAGACUGUCUAUUUUGGAAGCGCUAAAAGACUAUGAAGAAACUUACGGUACUGAACUCGAUCAAGAAACCGUCAAGAAAAGAUUCCCUAAAGUAAUCAAAAAAGUGAGGUUACAGAACGGUGUGGAAGAAGAAUUCGUGGAUUACAUUUUUCCUGAUGAUAUCGAUGAUGACAAGCCAAAACCAUCAAAGUUCUUGGAACUAGCCAAAAAAUGGAAACAGGAACAGGCACUUUGA